CUUCGCUUCUUCUGGCCCGUUCUUCGAUUGUCGUUUGCUUCCUCUUCACUCUGCUUUCCAAAGCAGCUUCCGCCAAGCUCGGAUACCAUUUCCAGGAAAUUAGUCCGACACGACUGCUCCGGCUUCGUUUGUCUUCAUCAUGCUUGCUCGAAGUGCAGCUUUCUCUUGCUUCGUUGCUGUCACGCUGCUCGCGCUGCUCGGCGGCACCGAGGCCGCGCACUCUGAUGGUUCUUGCGACGCAAGUUCCAAGUGCCCAUCUUCAACUCCAUGCUGCUCAUCUUCUGGUUACUGCGGCACUAGCGCAGAAUUCUGUCUGGCAGGAUGCGAUCCGAGGUCAUCCUUCUCUCCUUCCUCGUGCAGGGCCUUGCCUCGAUGCAAGCCGCUCUCCAUCACGUUCACCAAUAAAGCCAACCCUACCGUCGAGCUCGCUUCAUACAACGGCGACUCGAGCAAAGCUCCUUUGACCAUCGACAGCGGAGCCGUGCGGACCAGCAAGAGCGGGCUUUACGCUACGGUGGCACAGAAGGGCAAGGCCAAAGCAGGUACAACUCUCAGCACUACCGAGUACAUUCAGUAUGGAAGAGUCACUGCUACUCUGAGACAUGCCAAUAACAAAGGCAUUGUCGGCGCCUUCAUCCUCAUGAGUCCAACAGCGGAUGAGAUCGACUUUGAGAUCACCGGUGGUCAGUCUCGUCAAGUGCAGCUCAACAUGUUCGCCCAAGGCAAGGCUUUUAGUGGAGGUGACAGCAACAGCGCAACGAUCACUCAAGGACCAGAAUUUGACACGGCCGACUGGCAUGCAUACACUUUGGACUGGUCGCCUACGCGUAUCAUCUACUCUAUCGAUGGCGUCGAAGUUCGUACACUGAAGCGAUCCUCCUUUAAGAGCAAGAAAGAUGGCUACUACAAGUAUCCUGCCACACCGAUGAGAGCUCAAGUGUCGGUCUGGGACGCCAGUGACAUGGCCAAGGGCACCGUGGAGUGGGCCGGUGGUAGGGCCGACUACUCCAAGGCAGACUCGCACGGAACUUUCACCACUCAGAUCAGAUCGCUCACUGUAGAGUGCCACGAUCCAGAGUCUCUUGGUGCUGGCAGCGCUUACGGUUUCAGCAAGAGCAUCGAUGCCAAGUCGGGCGAGCUCAAGGUGGUUGCAACUAGCCGAAAGACGACCAUCUAGCCCACAGUCUGUAGUCUGGCACAGACACUUGCUUUGGCGAAGGCCGGACAAACCCUGUCGCCCUUUUGAUGAGCGGGACCGCCACCGUCUUCUCUAUGUCAGCCGGAUUACUGGAAAUAGCUCUUUGCAUGAUCCCUCGCCUACCAGCCCUGCAUCGUAAAUUCGCUUCAGUCCCUGUUGUAAAGAUGCACGCAAUGUCACCAAUCUGUCACUCAAAUCAA